AUGGACGCCGAGUACCCGGCCCUGGAACCCCCGCUCUGCAGUGAGUUCAAGCGCCUGUGCAAGCGGCUGCAGGAGGCGCUCCGCGAGCUCAGGGAAGACCUCGCGCCCUUCCGAGAUGACCGCUACUACCGGCUGGCGCCCAUGCGGCUCUAUACCCUCUCCAAGCGCCACUUUGUCCUGGUGUUUGUUGUCUUCUUCAUCUGCUUUGGGCUGACUGUCUUCGUGGGUAUCAAAGGACCCAAAGUGAUCCAGACUUCUGCAGCUAAUUUUUCACUGAAUAACAGCAGAAAGCUAAAGCCGAUUCAGAUACCUUCAAAUCCGCUGUCGAAGUAUAAUCAGCAGCUGUGGUUGACAUGUGUGGUUGAAUUGAAUCAGUCAAAAGAAACCUCUAUCCAGACGAGCUUUCCCUUAACUGUGAAGGUGGAUGGCGUCGCUCAAGAUGGAACCAUGAUGUAUAUUCAUAACAAAGUCCACAAUCGGACGAGGACGCUCACGUGCGCGGGGGUGAGCGUUUCUGUGUCCCUGCAGAAAUGCACGGAGAUGAUCGUGGCUCAUCUGGGCUACCUGAACUACACGAAGUACACGGUGACCGUGGGCUUUGAGCACCUCAAGCUGCCUGUCAAGGAGAUCCACUUCACGUGGAAGACUUACAACCCCGCGUUUUCCCAGCUGGAAAUCUGGUUCCGAUUUGCCUUCGUGGUGCUCACCUUCAUUGUCACGUGCCUGUUCACACACUCACUGCGCAAGUUCUCCAUGCGGGACUGGGGGAUCGAGCAGAAGUGGAUGUCCGUCCUCUUGCCCCUGCUCCUGCUGUACAACGACCCCUUCUUCCCGCUCUCCUUCCUGGUGAACAGCUGGCUCCCCGGCAUGCUGGACGACCUCUUCCAGUCCAUGUUCCUGUGUGCCCUGCUGCUCUUCUGGCUGUGUGUGUACCAUGGCAUCCGGGUCCAGGGAGAAAGAAAGUGCUUAACUUUCUAUCUGCCGAAGUUCUUCAUCGUUGGGCUGCUGUGGCUGGCGUCUGUGACGCUGGGAAUAUGGCAGACUGUCAACGAGUUGCAUGACCCCAUGUACCAGUACCGCGUGGACACGGGCAACUUUCAGGGCAUGAAGACCUUCUUCCUGGUGGGGGCGGCCGUGUACGUGGCAGCCCUGCUCUUCCUGGUUGUACGGGCCUGUUCCGAGCUGCGCCACAUGCCGUACGUGGAUCUCAGGUUGAAGUUUCUGACUGCGUUAACCUUUGUAGUGCUUGUCAUUAGCAUUGUCAUCCUUUAUCUAAGAUUCGGAGCACAGGUGUUACAAGACAACUUUGUAGCAGAACUGUCCACUCACUACCAGAAUUCAGCAGAGUUCUUGUCCUUCUACGGCUUGUUGAACUUUUACCUCUACACUCUGGCCUUCGUGUACUCCCCGUCGAGGAAUGCGCUCUACGAGUCCCAGCUCAAAGACAAUCCCGCCUUCUCCAUGCUGAAUGACUCGGAUGACGACGUCAUCUAUGGGAGUGACUAUGAGGAGAUGCCCCUGCAGAACGGCCAGGCCAUCCGGGCCAAAUACAAGGAGGAGUCGGACAGCGACUGAGCCGCCGCACCUGCUUCCCUCCGACCCACGUGCCCAGAAGUCUCGUUCAUAGCUGUUUACACAUUCUCAAAAGGAAGACCAAAACACAGGACAAAUUUAAUGUUACGGUUAUUGUCAGGGCAGCUGCAUUUAUUUAGGAAAAGGGGGAACUGACAAAAGUUUAAACAGCCAAGUCCUUCCUACGAAGACUUCAGAUGAGCUAGGUUUGCAAUGGUGAAAAAGGAAAUCGCCCAUUCUCAAUAGACAGCUACAUGCCUUCCUUCAAGAAAAAGUCACAGCUUCCACGUUCCGGGGGCGUGAUGGCCCAGGCGCCCCGGCGCCCGGCGGCAGCUUCCCCCUUUCUUUCCCGCCUUCGCCUGAACUGGGAAUCCUGAGUUCUGUGCCCUUCACUCCAAGAGCAGCUGUUUCUGUGCCUGCCUGAGCCGGGCAGUCCUUCCGGGGGAAGUGGCCAGCGCCCCUAGCCAGGCGUCUGGGAGCCUGCAGGUGGGACUGACGGGAGUGGGCGUGCUCAGGCCUUGGCCCCUGGGGGCCACCAGGGCAGGAGCAGGGCAAGACCCAGAUAACCCACUGUGCCCACAGCGGGGGAGGGCCUGCUGCCGGUGUCUCUGGAAGCACGUGGCCACACACAAGCAUCCAGGAAUGAGUGCGCCCCCCUGUGGCUGUGGCCCGCAGGAGGGAAACUUUCCUCUCCAAGAAACAGUCAUUUCUGCAAACUGUUGACUGUGAAAUCCCAUAAAGCUUUAUUUUUUUAAAUAAAAGCUAAAUAAAGUAGCUGGUAAAUUAUUAUAGAUUCUCUAUUGCCAACAAGAUUUUCAGUGUCACAUUUGGAAACUAAGUGAAAGGGAAAUAAAUGGCUUAUGGAAAAUCAUCUCUGGAUGGGAAGCCACGUGUUUGGAGUCACACCGUGGCAAGUAAGCAGGUGCGCUGCUCUGUGGGAAGGAGGUUCUGGUGCUGCUGAGCCUCAGGCGUCGGAGGGCCCAGGAGCGUUCCCAGGUGACUGUACGCAAGGGUGCCGUGGGUGUCACCUUGCACAAAGUGUGUUAGCGUGGGAUGCCAGCAACCGCCCGGACUCGGGGAGGACUGUGCCACUCUGCACACAGCACCUGCAUCUUCAUCUCUGCGCUGACAAGUCACUCCCCACCUGGUCGCUAGCCCUGGGACCCUGGACAUGCACUAGGACUCCCUUCUUCCUUAUUUAAACCUUAACGAUAAUGUAACUGUAGAGGCCACUUGAUUUGUUUUAAAAGCCUUGUGAAUAUGAAUGAAUGAAACUUAUUGUAAGGGUAAUUCGAGUUUAUAUGAUUUUUACAUUUGCAAUGGUAUGACUUUUUAAAUUCUGUAUACUCAGAAGUAUUGAAAAAAGUUUUGUUUCCCAGUUUUACAACUUUUAGUUAGACUACUCUCUAACUGUAGCUUUAUGUAUGAACACGUGUGCUGAUUAACGUAUUCCAGUGUGAAACGGUUCCUAGGUUUUAUCAUUACAAAAGUCUUAUCUAGAGCCGGAAUGCUACUAUUUAUCAAGAAAUAUCAACAGUUUGAGGCAUUGAGCCAGGCACAGGAGGACAUGACAAGCUCUGGGACCUACAGUGCCACUCCAGGCUGCAGUGUCCUCACACAUCCGUUCUUGUUGGCGUCAGCGGGGGGAACAGAAUACCACUUACUCCCUCGCUGUAACUAAGGUGACCCAGUGCUUAGCAGGAACACCGUCCUUGGUUGAGCUGUAGGUUUUCAGUUCCUCCUCCCUCGCAGCACAUGCUCAAGUUACACCCCAUGUCAGAGUUUGCUUACAGUAUUAGCACUGAGAUCAGGUGUGAGACACGUGUCCGGCAGAACUGCAGUUCACCAGAGAUUGCACGACGCCAAGUGGUGCAGAGAUGCCCACGCUUUGCAAACUUCAACUAAGAAGUCAAAGGCUGGCUUCCUCAUCUUGGGAUUUUUGUACUGGUGCAGUCCAGGGGAGCCUGCAGUGGGAGCGCAGGAACUCCAGCGGGCCCAGGACGGCCUCAUUAUCCACGUGGGUAACAGUGCUUGAUUUAUUACUAAAUCACUACAGGCUGGCACAGUGCCACUUUCUCUCUCGUCUCUUUGAAAGGCCCAAAAGGGGCUAGAUAAAAUAACCAUGAUCUCUAAGAUGGCUACUGUACAUAAUUACAGAUUGCAAUAAAAGCUUAGAUUGCAUUAAAUAGGUUGCUGUGUGCCCAGUGACUUCUUGGUUCGGUUCCAGAGAGAGAUGCUUACAAAAGGGAUGGCGAAAGGGGACAUUCUGUGACCAUGACCAGAAACACGUUAGAAACCAAAUGUCCUAGAGGUCAGACUUUAGUGCACGCACACACUCGCACCCCCCCCCAGAAGGUAGACCUUUUUAUCAGGUCAAGGUCACGCUGUCCCAUCUCUGCUGUCCUUGAGUUAGGCUAAGUGUCUCAGUUUUUAGUGCCAUGCAGCUGUACCAGUAAGUCUAGUCCCAUAUUAUGCAAUAGAUUUCCUGCUGCUGAAAACUACCUUUUUAUGCAGAAACUACAUAUUUAUAAAGUGCAAUGAACUUGACUAAGGUGGGCAAGCAGGCUGGGCGUGGCAGCCCAGUGCCCCAGUCCUCGGCUGUCUUUGCUGGCUGACAGUGGGUUUGUAUCUGCUUAGGGCCGGCUCACCUUAUGGGAUCAGCUCCAUUCUGAUGCUACUUUCCUGUAAAUGUUAAUAAAUUUUUACUAUUCCUUA